AUGAAUUCGGCAAUAAUUGCUCGAACAACACAACGAAAUCAUCAAAUAUUAUUCUAUAUUCUUCGUAAUGCAUCAUCGUUAUCUUCCAGUCAAUCAACAAUCCGGUGGAAACGUUUAGCUUAUCAAAUAAGUGGUAGUCUCUUAACAGCCGGUGCUUUAGGUUAUGCUUGGGCAUAUUCACAAGCUGUACAUGCAUCAGGUAAUAAAGCGCAUUUAGUUCCAUUACCAUGGUCAUUUCGUGGUCCAUUCGAUUCACUUGAUCAUGGUUCUGUACGUCGUGGUUUUGAAGUUUAUAAACAAGUUUGUGCAGCUUGUCAUUCAUUGAAAUUUGUUGCUUAUCGUCAUUUGGUUGGUGUUACACAUACAGAAGAAGAAGCUAAAACAAUUGCUGCACAAGAUCAAAUUACUGAUGGACCAGAUGAUCAAGGUAAUAUGUUUCAACGGCCUGGUAAACUUACUGAUUAUUUACCAUCACCUUAUCCUAAUGAUAAAGCAGCUAAAGCAGGAAAUGCAGGAGCUUUACCACCGGAUCUUUCACUUAUCUCACUUGGUCGUGAGGAUGGUUGUAAUUACAUAUUUAAUUUAUUAACUGGUUAUCAAGAUCCACCAGCUGGUGUUAAAGGUGAACCAAACCUUCAUUACAAUCCAUAUUUUAGUGGCGGUUGGAUUGCUAUGGCUAAACAAUUGUAUGAUGAUCAACUUGAAUAUUCGGAUGGAACAAAAGCUACUGAAGCUCAAUUAGCUAAAGAUGUUACCGAAUUUCUUAAAUGGACCGCCGAACGUGAUCAUGAUGAACGUAAAAAAUUAGCUAUUAAAGCUGUUCUUAUAUUUGUUCCUUUGGUUGUUAUAUCAUACCAUUGGAAACGUGUUAAAUGGGCAUCACUUAAAUCUCGAAAGAUUGCCUUUUACAGACCAAAACCAAAAGAUAAUUAA